UAAGAUAGAUAUAUAUAUUCUAAUAAUAAAAGAACCCUUCUUCCAAAACUACACACACUUUCUUUCCAUCAUGAAACCACCGAUAAUUGAUCAAAAGAAGUCUGAGAAAAAGGAAGAGGACUUAGAUAAAGAUGUCGACUGGGGUGUUGAAAUCCAGCUUUCUGAGAAACGAACCUCAACCUUUAACACCUCCUCGUUUUGGAUGCACAAUGCUUUUAAUAUUUGGAUUAUCGCAGGCUUACUCAUAAUAUUUUUUCUGUCCUUUCUAGUAAUCCUUCUGGGGUGGAAUCUGCUUACUGCAAGCCAUGGCUUUCCCCAGGAUUUUCCAAAAACACAGGAAGUCCAGUUAGGGACAUCGAAACUUGCCUUCAAACUCUUGCCCUUAAUGGCCGAGAAUAAUGCCAACAUAAUAUUUAGCCCUUUAAGUUUGGUUAUUGGUUUGGCAAUGAUCUUAGAAGGGUCCAAAGGACACACAGCUGAAGAAAUUUGUUCUGUUCUUAAUUGGAAUCCUACAACAACAUUCGAAAUCCAGAAUGACUUAGGUUUCUUACUGCAAGGUCUGAAUGGAAACACAGAUAUAUACACUAAAUUAUACAUAGGAGGAAACGUAUUCAUUCAGGAAAAUUUCGAGAUCACUUCCAAGUUUAAUGAUCAACUGAAACAAAACUACGAAUGUGUCGCAACUGAAGUCAAUUUUGUGGAGGAAGCAGAAGCUCGUGAAAUCAUAAACACCUGGGUGUCUAAACAAACAUGGGGGCAAGUCAGAGAGCUUGUGAGACCCAGUCAGCUUGACCUAACUACUCGUCUUCUAAUAACCACUGUUAUGUAUUUUAAGGGUCAGUGGUUACACGCUUUCCCAAAACAAAACACUUUCCAGGCCAGAUUUUAUGUUCAACCAGACGAUGAAGCCACUGUUCACAUGAUGCAUACAACUGGAAAUUUCAACUAUGGAGAAUUUACUAAACUAGGGUUGCAAUCACUGGAGCUACCGAUUGAUGGAAAUAAGUUAAGCCUUCUUCUGAUUCUGCCAAAUAAACCCGGACGAUUGCCUGAAGUACGUAAAGUCUUACAACAAAACCCCGAAAUUUUAAGCGAGCUUAAUGGACACAUGAAGAAUCAAACCCUGUACAUCUGCCUACCCAAAUUCAAAAUUGAUGGUCGCCUUUCUCUUCAUCGACAUUUGUCAAAACUUGGUUUGAAACUGCUGUUUGACUCAAAGUAUGCAGAUCUCAGUGGAAUUAGUUCCCAAAAUUCUUUGUUUGUAAAGGAAGUGGUUCAGAGUGCUCGGCUGGAAGUGGACGAGGAAGGAGCAGAAGCGGCUGCUGCUACAGAAUUCGUGGCAGCAGGGAGGUCGUUGGUAUAUGAUCAGCUUCCGGUGUUUUGUGCUAAUCACCCUUUUUUAUUUUUCCUGCGAGAUUUAGAAACCAACAUAAUUCUUUUAAUGGGCCAGUACACUGACCCUCGUAUUUUGGAGAAGAAAACAUAAACAACAACAACAAGAAGAAACAUUACUUUAAAAAAAUGCAUAUUGUCACUAAGCAUUAUAAUACGAAACACACAAACCCGGUUAAGAGAAUGAAAUGUCGUCCAAAUGAAAAAUUGAGAUAAACUUCGAAAAAUCAAAUAUACGCAUUUCUUUAAUAUUAAUUCCAUUUCUUGAAAGCGUUAAUUGAAGAUGAGGUUUAAUUAGUGUUUUAUUUCUUCGUAAGACUUUUAACACUUAAUAAAAGUUCCAGAUGCCAUUUUGAUGCUAA